AUGUUGAAAAGUGAAGCUGAAAAACGUCGCACUGAUCGCGAAAAGUUAAAACGCAAAUCGGCUGUUGGUAGAAGUGAUCAGGACAUCGUUGCAUGCUUCAGUCACAAUCGCGUCGUAGAUGCGACCAAGGUUUGCGAGCAUGUGGUUGAAAUUGGGCGAGAAGUAUCCAGUAUUGACGAAGGGUACGAUUAUGCUGUUGCUAUUGUUGAUCGUGAGACAGGUACAACAGCAUAUCGGCCCGCCCGGCUAUACAACUUCCAAGCGACGUAUUCUUCAGACGUUCCACAGUUGAUUGGAGAGAAAAGAAGCGCUCCUGUGGACUACAGUGCAUCGUACGAUAUCAAGGUUGAAGAUUGGGCAAAGAAGCGCAUGGAUUUGACAGCUGAUUUCGGCUCCUCAAAAAAGAUGAAGAUACAGGAAGCAUCGAUUCGAAGGCAAAUAAACACGGAAACGUUGGAUGCAAUGCGUAAGACGGCUUUCGCUUCAACAAGCGUUUUGGCGGAUGCUGAAGAUAUCAAAAAUGAACAGAUUAGUAUGGUAGUGAAGGCAGAGUCGUCCGUGCUUCCCCAUGCCCAACAAGCCGAGCUACCACGUAAUAUUUAUCCUAUUUCAACGUUUGUUAGGGAGGAAGAGGUGGAGCUCUUGACAGCUCCCGCACAAGAAUUUCUUUCUUCGUCAAAAAAGGAGCUUUUGGAAAAAGGCUGCCCUGAAGUGGUCGUCAAGAUGCUGCCUGGUUCGCUUGAUAAUGAUCCAUUAAGAGCAGUUGCGUUCACUUUAUUAGGUUGUAUGACGUACAUGUCUUACUUAUUCUCUCAGAAAUCUAUCCUGAAAACGGAAUACGAUAAAAUUCCGUUCCCAUCAGAGUUCGUUCAGAAAGUAAUGGCAGAUUUCGUCAGCGCUCAAUGGGAUAGGGGACAUAAUGGUCGCAUGGCCGCUCGAUUAGCCGUUCUUUCAAAUGAAAAGGACAAGCUCAUAGCUCAUUUGCUCGCACUGGCUCUUACUCUUAGUUUCGGCUGCUCUAUACCUAUCACUCCAUGGCAAAAUGCUUUGAAAAGGUCAUCGAAAUUCCUUGAGAAGAUGCUCACCGGACUCGGCUGUGAUAUUGUGCAGUGUAGCGUCGAAGAAGCCGCGAGGACGGAGUCGCUUCGGGCUGCUCGUCUUCUUCGACCACCAACCAAAGGGGAACCCAGGAUGCGACGAAGGCGUAAAUAG